CUUUCAUUAUCCGUCAUCAUCGUUUUCCUUACUUCACAUGUCCCCACUUUCCCGUCUACCUCUCACACUCAUCGGUGCGGAUUGGCUUUGGUUAAUGUGCUCCUGCGUGUCUUUUUUGUUGUCUUUUUUAGCUUGUCUCUCGGGGUCUUCUUUUUUACUAUUGAACUCUUACUGAACUUGUCCGGUUCUGCACUCUCAUUCAUGCAAUGCUUCUCUCUCUCUCUCGACGGUCCUAGAGAAGCAUACCCCAUUUUGGUUUCUUUGAGAGGGAGUGGACAAGAGAGAGAUAUCAGAGAGUGAAGAUCAACGCUGUGUAGCGGUAAAAUGUUCGAUUUCUUAGGAAGGAAAGACAUCAGGAAAAUUCUUAAGAGCAAAGAUAGUGAUGCCGGCCAAAAAGGAAAAGUGCUUGAAGAGUUACGAGCUUUUGUUUUUAACGAAUUUGGCUCAUCUGAAGGUGCUAGGGUUCAACCACAAUGUAGAUGUCGUCCCAUUACUGCUCUCACCUUCAAUUUUGUGGUUGCUGUUGGUGCUCAAUGAAGUUAAAUUCAAGUUCCCCAUAUUUCUUACUUUUAUUCACUAUGUUAUAAGCUGGUUAUUGAUGGCUGUGCUAAAUUCAUUUUCUAUUCUCCCUGCAUCUCCUUCCUCAAAAUUGACACCUUCAUCUACUUUAAUUGCUCUGGGCACUGUUAUGUCUCUAUCUACAGGGCUUGCUAAUGUCAGCUUAAAAUACAAUAGUGUGGGAUUCUAUCAGAUGUCUAAGAUUGCUGUAACACCAUCAAUUGUUCUGGCUGAGUUUAUAUUUUAUAAGAAGAAGGUUUCUUUCUCCAAGGUGCUUUCACUUACAGUAGUAUCUAUUGGUGUUGCUGUGGCUACGGUCACUGAUCUCCAAUUCGACCUCUUUGGUGCUUGUGUAGCAUUGGCAUGGAUAAUACCUAGUGCAGUUAACAAGAUCCUCUGGUCCAGUUUGCAGCAGCAGGAGAAUUGGACUGCCUUGGCCUUGAUGUGGAAGACAACGCCGAUCACUUUGUUAUUUCUGGUUGCCUUGAUACCUGUAUUAGAUCCCCCUGGUGUCCUCUCAUUUGAUUGGAGUUUUAGUAGCACAUUGGCUAUUCUUACAUCAGCAGUUCUUGGCUUCUUGCUUCAAUGGUCAGGUGCUUUAGCACUUGGGGCUACAUCUGCCAUAACCCAUGUUGUUCUUGGGCAAUUCAAAACAUGCGUUCUUCUUCUAGGAAACUACUCUCUGUUUGGAUCAAAUCAAGGAAAAACUAGUAUCUGUGGAGCAUUCACGGCAAUUGCUGGUAUGUCUAUUUACACUUACCUUAACAUGAAGCAGAAAUCAGGCAAAACACCACCUCGACAAGCCUCUUCUUUGCCUAUAUCCAGGCUGAGCAAAGAAAAUGGCAACACAUGAUGAUGGAAAUUAUGGCGGGAAUCAGAGAAACAAGAAUAAGAUACCUAAACUUUUGAUAUGAAGAUUCAUGAUAAGAUGAAGCUCUUCGUAACUCGAGUUGUUAUAUCAACUCAAUUUCGCUCCAACUUUUCUGAUUUCCAAGUAAGGGAUCUCUGUCAUCGUUUAGAUCAUUGUUAUAUCUCCAGUGGCUUAUGUAGAUCACCAUGUGGAGUGCUUUGCUAAUCUCCUGACUGCAAACUGAACAUUGUAAAAAUGAAUUGUCUGAGGGAUUUUUGACCCGAA